AUGAGCGUGUCGGGGGAAACAUUUGCCUCAUGGGCAACGCAUGUUACUAGAUGCUCAAACCCAACAUUUAACCGCGUUUUAAAUCGUCUUUGGUCAAAUCCACAACUUCAGAAGAAUGUCUUAGCUGUUCUUACAGGGGUUACGAAACUCAUUCAGUCGCGUGGUGGAACUGAAUCUGCGGCAGAGUAUUACGCUGCAUUGCUCCUCGUUGCCCUUGGCCGUGUUUUGGUCGCACAGCCUUCAGAAGAUUGGGCAUCGGAAUCUGUUCGACAUAAUUUUAGAAUUCUUCUUCAAUUUACGGAUAAUGAAAAUGCGACUUUACGCAAAGCUGCUCACCGGAUUAUAUCUGAACUUCUGGCGUCCACCUUAAGUCGAGAAGAUGGUUUUCAUCCUGUGUGCCGCCAAACAAUGAAUUACACUUGCAGGCUUAUUCAACAGGAGACCUCGCAUCUCUCUGGCCUUAUCCGUAUAACAGAUGGUGCCUGUAGCCGUUUGCUGCAUAGCUUAAAUCUUAUGAAAUCUAUUCUAUGGCUGGUUCCCGAAAAAGACGUCAAGGCUGGCUGUGAGUGCACUUUGGAGCUGACCGCCUUUAACAACUCACUGGUUGUCAAGUCUUCUUUCGAUUGCCUGCGGACGUUGUUUCAAGCAAGGGUAAAAGACUCGUCUCUUCCUUUGGAUACAGCGGGAAAACUAAUGACUGCCUUGCUUACUUGCAGACCACGUGACUCAACUUCUGUUGAUAGCGAAGCUCUCCAAAAAGAUUCUGAAACCGUGAUCGCGUGGUUGGAGUGUUUGUCUGCUGGUGUUGGCUACUUAACAACUCUGGCAGUCGAAAAUCGUGACAAUACGUCAACUCUCUCAGCCUCCCACGUUGCGGUGGAACACUUGGAUCACCUUAUUCGCACCGCACUCAACAUUGUAGUUACCAGUCCUCUACCCAGUUUGCGUGAUUCUGUCAAGCGACUUCUAGUCAACAUCACGCAGAACUACUUGAAUGAACAAUUACAGUCGUGCGACCUGCUCACCCAACGACCUCGACUUCUAUCAGAGCUCUGCACCUCUCUGCAAAACGCCCUUAGUCUAGCCCGGCGUGAGACGUGGCCCAAUCUACUGUACAUCGCUUCGCAUCUCAUUUACGUCUGGGCGAUGGCCACAGUUGUGGGGAACAGCGUUGAUUAUAGCUUGCCCGAUGAGGUGACCGGUCUGCUUAACCGUGUGGCAAGCCUCCGUGACGCCUCCACGGAUAGCAUCGAGGGUCUGGUUGACACCGGUGGUGUUGAUGAGACAGCACUUGUCGGCGAGUUAGAUCGAUUCAUCCUCACUUCAAUGGAAUCCUGGGGCAUUGAGCCGGUCCUUCGUGAUGCCUUGUCUCUGGAACCCCUCGUGGCUGAAUUGGAGUCGGGCAGCGUUGAGCUGCGUCGGUCUUGGAUCCUGCCCCUCAUCGCGCGUGUCCACCCGGCUCGCUCCUGCAGCUUGGCAUUCUUCCACGCAUCCGUCCUGCCACUCGCUGACCGCGCCGUCACGGUCGCCAAAGCCGCGGCCAACCAGACGUUCAAACGGCAAAUUGGCGGCGGCGGCGGCCGUUUUGUCCCUCUCUCGGCCAUCUUGAAUGCGGCAGUGCAGAUGGCGCGUCAGCUCUGGUUCACGCUGACCGCUUUCACGCGACGUCCGCCCACUCGCUGGGCCGAUCUCAUGGACUCGGGGCUCGGUGGACGACUCGUUGCUGGCCUCCUCACCGCCAAGGCCGUUCGACCCGUCAUACUCUCUGCCCUCCGACGCCUUAUCGCCUUUGCCGACAGUGAAGAAUCCGUUGCCGUGAUGAGAUCUGGGGCAAAGCAAAUGGUCCCGCGGAUUCUCUCAAUGUUUGAGGAACAAGAUUCGACCAAUGAUCAGCAGCUCAAGCAGCAACUGCACACGACCUUAGCCGUAUUCUUACCACUCCUCACUCCUAAGAUGCUCUCCGUGCCCUCUGAAAUGGCCUAUAAGAAACUCGUCGCUACGAAAAAACGCAUCGUUGGUUUCCUGCAGCCCGAGUAUCGCGAAUCGCGCGCUAUAAAGAAAUGCGCCUACCGCCUCCUGGAGGCAGUUCUCGCCUCCUCGAACCCACCCGCAAAGGACUUUGUCGCGUCCAACCUGACAAGCCUGACCGCCUUCAUGCAGCGAGUCGCGCCACCGCUGCUCUACGUGGAGGAGGCCGAAGAACACGACCGUCUCUCGUCCACAAUGGCCGCCCUCGCGCUCUCCAAGAAGGAUCGCAAGACGCUGGUGGCCAGCACACCCUGGAAGGUGCGUCUUCGUAUCCUCCGGAUGCUCCUUCGUGCUCACGUCGAAAGGCAGGCCCAGGCUGAGGCGCCGAGCCACGACGUGGAGGACUUUAUCAACACCUUCAUGCCCGAGGUGAGUAAAACGCCUUCUCUGAACAGCGUGGUUCGUGUCGUGGCGGAGAAGUUGCUGGUGGACAUGGUUCUGUCCAGCGCUGGGAGUCUCCCGCAGGAGCACGAAGGUCUUGGGGUCCGUCUACCGCGACCGCCUUCCUCCGAAGCUCCACACGACGAUGACAAGAUGGAGGAGGAGGAAGAAGAAGAUGAUGAUGAAGAAGACGAAGACGAAGAGGAGGAAGAAGAAAGCAUUCGUGAUGGCAGUGACUCGGAGCACUCGUACGCGCCCACGGAGAUUGCUUCUGUCUGCACUGCGAUCACGACAACCGGGAUGAACCCUGUUGCUGCCGCAAAGACUUGUGCGGGUCUGCGGGGCAUCCUCUCGCGUCUCUGGCCGUUGAUAAUGGAAGCGACGCCGGAGAGCGUGAAAUCAUCCACGACGUCGCAGCUGCUGCGCCUGGAGGUGACCGCGAAGGCGGUGUGUCGGCUCCUUUCCAACCUCCAUCUGCGUCGCUCCCUCAUGACCGACCUCCAGGCAACGGAGGAGGGACAGGACACGUCGGCUGCCGCUCUGGUUCUCUCCAACGCCAACCUGGCCUCGCACAGCCUCGUCCAACUGCCCUCCAAGCAGCUUGCCAGCCUCGGUCUUCAGAUAUCUCGGCUUCUGAUCGCCUUUGUGGGACACUCUGUCUACGUGUCGGACAUUGUUAUGAGCAUUCACAAGGUCCACGCCGCGCACAAACGCUCUCUGCGAUUUUUAAUCAAAGCGAUAGUGGGGAAGUUACUGAAAAAGGUUAGCGUGCAGGCGUUGCAGUCGUUGAUGAACGCCGAGUACCACAAGAUGAUCCGAAACAGCGCCAAGAUCCAACUUCGGCGAGAUCGCAAGCGCAAGUCCGAGGGCAAAAAGGGCGCUGCCAACCGACUGCCAGGGGAUGACGAUGAUGAUGACGACGUCGACGACGAUGGAGUUUCCAACGUUUCCGCGCAUUCCCGUCGGGUACCCUCGGUCUCUGGCGCCUCCUUCAAGUCCUUCGGCAGUGCUCUCUCCCUCUCGAAGCGAAUACACGUCCAGGGCUUCAACGAGAUCUUGGCAGGUUCUAGUGAUGAGGACGAGGCAAAUGCUCCAGCGCAGGAGUCUUCAAAGACGGUGGCUACCAAAGCAGCCCCUGAGCCGCCGCGUCGUCGACCAGGUCUUGCCGCAGAACUGGAACGCGCCGCCUCGGUAGCUGGACUUAGUCGUCGAUCAAGGCGUCUCUUUGGAAGCCGUAGUGGUGGCGGCGGCGACGGUGACGCAGUGGACAGCUCUAGCGACGAUGACGAUGCGGCCACAACUCGGCGUGUCGGAGUCGCUGGCGAAGGCACCCAGGGCCACAAGCGUCGCCGGUCGUCGGCAGCGGGACUCGAACCGAUGACUUACCUCGUGGAGGACGCCGAAGACGAGGUGCUCGACCUCGCGGACCCGGAGGCUCUGGCGCGCCACCUCACCGUCGCGCCGUCCGCGCAGCACGCGAGACGCGCGUUGGCAGCCCACCGCGGCGACGGCGGUGUCGCGACGACCAAGCGCAAACGGGCUCGGCUCACGUCGCUCGCCAGCGCCGCCGCCUUCCCAACCACCGCCGACGGCAAAUUGAUCAUCAACGAGGAUGGUGCCGGUAACCCCGAAAAUGAUGCUUGGCUAUUGGAUGACGAUGCUGGAUCCAGCGGCCACUUGCCCGCCCACCUUUCGCAAUUGGCCGAGACCAAGGUCCCCAGCAAACGGGCCAAUCAAAUCCGACACUCCGGUUCAGUGUACAGGUCGGCACGCGCUCGCGGGGACAUGAAGAAGCCCGGACUGCCGGAUCCCUUCGCCUACAUGCCUCUCGGCGCUGGAGUGCCCGCCAAGAGCAGGAAGGGCAAAGGCGCAGUGGCCGAGCGAAGAGCCCUUCUGCGCAGCCUCGGUGCUGGCAAACAGAAACGCAAGAAGCUGCCAAGGACGUCGUCUGUGGGGAAGAGUGUGGGCAAGAGGCAACGGCAUCGGAUGAAGAAGUAG